GACCUGUCCAUUGGCUGGCAGACACCGGUUGGUUCUCUUUUCGGUCCGGAACGACGCCGACCGUUCAAUGAUACCGCGAGGGUAGAAGAGACAUUUUCUCACGUCUGUUCGUACCUGUUAGUUAUACCUCUCCGCGGGAUGCGUCAUACGGAUUCGACGCGAUUUCGCGAAUACGUUUAAGUGAACAUAGAAUGGUGCGCGGGAAUACAGCACGUGCGGUGUCGUGACACGAUGAGGUGAUAAAACGGUGUUGUGCAGCGCGGUAUCUCGGAGCGACUUUGGAAGGUGACGAUGUGGGUGACGAUUUUACUGCUGUUGGCCUCCGCGUGGUCUUCGUCAUGGGGUCAAGUGAUAAACAGGGCGCCCCACUUUAUCCAAGGUGGAGACAUGGCCAGGUUGGCUGUGUCAGAGAGUGCACCGCCUGGCGCUCCCGUUUAUACCCUUCGCGGGGAGGAUCCUGAAGAAUCCAAAUUGCAUUACUCUAUCAGCGGCGAAUACUUCACCGUGAACAGGGAGACCGGCGUGGUGACUCUGAGGAAAGCCUUAGACAGAGAAACACAGGAUCUCAUCGAAGUCAUUAUUAGCAUAACAGAUGAAGGUAUCGCCGGGUCGGAACCUAACACAGUGUCUCUUCGUCGCGAAAUAGCGGUGCUCGACGAAAACGACAAUCCGCCAGUUUACCAUGGCCGGCCUUACGCUGCCAGAGUGCCGGAAAGUGCGCACGUGGGUGGCUUACUGCUUUCUCCGGGCACGAUCACGAUCACGGAUCGCGACGGUGGCGUGAACGCCGACGUUCACGUGCAGUGCGUCUCGGCGUCGCGCGACGACGACGUCUGCGAGGUCUUCGACGUCUCUACAGAAAAGCUCGCUGAAGGGAAAUACGACGUGCAGAUCACGUUGGCGAAACCGUUAGAUUACGAGAGGAGAAAUUCGUAUUUAAUUAAUUUGCUGGCUCUCGACGGAGCCAGCGAUCCGUCGAAGAGGCUGCAAGCCAGAGCGACUGUUGCCGUCGAUGUCCUCGACGUACAGGAUCAGCCACCUGUUUUCCUGAAUGCGCCUUACAGCGCGGCGCUCCCGGAGAACACCGCGGCUGGUCACACGGUUUUGAUAGUACGUGCACGCGACGGUGACACCGGUCAGCCAAGAAAUUUAUUGCUGACGCUGGAGGACGACGAUGCGGGCCACUUCGAGCUCGAGAUGUCCCGCGACGGUGACGUCACGGUUGGUAGACUGGUCACGACCGACGUGUCCCUCGACCGCGAGGAUCCCAGGAUCCUGCAGAACGGUGGCAUUUACACUUUCCAAGUUAGGGCCACCGAGCUGAUCAACAACGAGAUACCAGCCGACACCGCGACGUCGAUCGUCACGAUCGUCGUCACCGACGUGGACGAUCUCGUGCCCGUUUUCAACGAGGAUUACUUCAGUAUUAGGAUCUCCGAGGACAUCGGAAAGGACACUCCUCUACCAGGUCUGAAUAUGAUUGUGAGCGAUGGCGACGUGGGCGACAAUGCGAAGUAUUUCCUAGCGUUGCGAGACGUUCCGCGAUACCCUGGAAUCAGCAAAGCAUUCACUGUCAGUCCCGAGGAAGCGCAGGGUCGGGUACCGGUAGUGAUCAAGGCUAAGGAUAUCAAUGUACUCGAUUAUGAUGUUGCUGAUCCCGCAAAGAGGGAAAUCGAGUUCGAUGUCAUCGCGACUGUAGCGAGCGAAGUGGUGGCCACCUGCAGAGUGCACAUCCAGCUGUUGGACGCGAACGAUCACAGCCCCGAGUUCUCCCGGUCGAUGUACAAACUGUCGAUCCCGGAGGACGCAGAACCCGAUACUCGCUUCGGCAAUGUUUAUGCAAAGGAUUACGACAGCGGUUCUUUCGGCAAGCUAACGUACACGUUGCGCGGUUUCGGCGCGGACAGGUUCAAGACCGAUUUGCAGGCGGGCGGGAUAUUCGUGGCGAAGAAAUUGGACUACGAGGCGCAGAAGUCUUACUCCUUGACGAUGGAGGCGACGGACGGCGGUGGUCGAGUGUCCGCUGUUAACAUUCUCAUCGAGCUCGACGAUGUUAACGAUAACGAACCGACGUUUGAGCAGUCGGAAUAUUCCAGGACCGUUCGCGAAGAUGCUACCAGCUUUGAUCCGCAGAUGUUCGUCAGGGCGACCGACAUCGACGGACCGACGCAGGGCAAUGGAAAAGUCAUGUAUUCGAUCAGCCGACAUAAUAGCAUGACAGACGAUGUCUUCAAGAUUAAUCCGGACUCAGGUGAGGUAACUAUGUCGAAACCGGUUCGUUCUGGAGACACUGAGAGGGGCAUUUACGAAUUAAUAAUUCGUGCGACUGACACCGGCACGCCGCCGUUACAUUCCGAGGCAAAGCUUUUCGUUCGCGUCGGCGUACCUGGGAACCAGAAGCCUAUUUUCCGUGGGAACUACAAAUCGAAUCUGCCAGGUCCCAAUACUUAUCGGGCGAGGCUCUUGGAGAACGCGUCUCCCGGAACGGAAGUCAUUCGAGUAGUGGCUAACGAUCCCGACGGAAGGGAUAACUUGCUGCAGUAUUAUAUCGCAUCCGGUUCUAAGGAUAAUUUUGUUAUCGAUUCCAGUUCCGGCGUCAUAACCGUGUCACCUGACGCUCGCUUGGAUUUGGAAACUGGCGGCGACAAAUAUGAGGUGAUUGUCUACGCCGUUGAUUCAGGUACACCUGUCAAGGAGACCGCCACCACUACCGUGACGGUGAACAUCAUAGAUGUAAAUAAUAAACCACCGACAUUCAAUGAAUCAACGUACACUGUUCAUGUCUCAGAACGCGCAGCCAUCGGUGAACUAGUAUUGAAGGUGGUAGCGAAUGAUCCUGACGCAGACGCAUACCUGGAGUACUCUCUGGUGGAACCGAUAAAAGCGGUCGACAAGACCGGCGUGGCCUUGAAGAACACCGUCUCUUACGAUUACAAAACGGCGUUCCGAAUAAAUUCCACGACCGGUGUAAUAACGGUUAAUCGAGUGCUGGAUUAUCAAGUGGCCGCUGUCGUAAUAUUUACGGUGCAGGCGAAGGACUUGAACGCCGUCGUCGACCGGGACGAGCAGAUAGCGAAGGUGGAGGUGAUAAUUUACAUCCAAGCUUACAGCGAUGACAAUCCGACGUUCACCAAUUCCGGAUGGUCGCCAAACAAUCCGACGAUAAGGAUCACGGUGCCGGAGGAGCAGCCCCUGGGCACGACGUUGCUGAUGCUCUCGGCGAAGGAGCCGACAACGGGAUAUCCGGUUCAGAGGUUCGAAUUGGUGAGAGAGGACGAUGACGAAGGCUACGUUAAUGUGGGUGUACAGAGCGGCAACGUGGUGCUGAGCAAGAGGUUGGACUACGAAGAGCUAAAUCAGAAGUUUAUUCGCUUUAAAGCACGAGCGCUUGCCAGAGAUUAUGAUAUAACGCGAAAGAUGUCGGAGGCUAACGUAAUCGUCGAGGUUCACGACAUCAAUGAUAAUAGUCCCGUUUUUGGACAAAAGGAUUACAAGAUCUCUGUACUGGAAUCAGCUAAGCCCUCGAAAAUCGUGUUGAAUGUGCAGGCAGUGGAUAUGGAUAGCUCUAAAACCGAACAGGAAGUUCAAAGGGGAUACGGCGAAGUGAGAUACUCCUUGACGGGAGAAAAUGCUAAUCUCUUUGAAGUGGAUCCCAUAAUGGGCAAUAUCCAGAUUGCCGCAAACACGACUCUUGAUAGAGAGAGACAAUCGGUGUUGCGUUUUUACAUCGUGGCGUCGGACAUGCCCCAGGGUGGAGCCGAGCAACGCAGCAGUCGAGCCUUGGUGACGGUCGAUGUUCUCGACGUUAAUGAUAACGCUCCUAGCUUCGAACAGGAAUCCUAUACCGCGGUGAUUCCGGAAAACGCACCAGUGGGAAUUAGCGUGGUGAACAUCACGGCUACCGAUCCGGACGAGGGUGAAGGAGGGACGAUCCACUUCGAGAUCAUCGACGAAGGUGAAGCUAAUGGAUUAUUUAAAAUAAAUCACACGACGGGCGAGAUUUACUCGGCGCGAGCGUUGACGGGCAAAGGCAGGACCGAGCCGUACAACAUGCGAGUGCGAGCGCAGGACGGCGGCGAACCGACUCUGUACACGGACGUGAAUCUCAUCCUGUACAUCGGCGACGUGGUGAGUAACGACGGCGUGCCUCUGUUCAUCAGGCCGACAUUGGAGGAGGUAGCCUACGUCGCGGAGAACUCCACCAUUGGCAGUCCGGUGUUCCAAGUCGUAGCGUCCGAUCCCGACGACCCGAAUUUGCCGAACGGUAGAAUCACCUUCCGCUUCCUGGAGGACGGUAAUUUUGGCAAGGACGCGAGCGCCUUCAGGAUUAACAGCGACACCGGGUUGAUCAGCACGCGCAAGUUACUCGACCGCGAGACUAAAGACAGCUACACGUUGAUCCUGGUGGCGCAGGAUCUCGGCGAGCCGCCGCAGCAGGCGACCCGGGUGCUCCAGGUGAUCGUGAACGACAUCGACGAUCACAAACCGCACUUCAAACGCAGCCUGGACAGCCCGCCGAUCGAGCUGAACGUCCUGGAAGAGGUGCCGCUGGGUUCCAAGGUCGGUGUGAUCGAGGCGAUUGACGAGGACAUCGGUGAGAACGGAAUGAUCGACUACGAGAUCGUGUACGGGAACGAGGCUGGGCUGUUCGUGGUGCAACGCCUGGAAAACAAUUCCGCGAUCAUCAAGUCGAACGGUCGUCUGGAUCGGGAGACCGCCGAGUUUCACUUGCUGACCGUGAAGUGCUUCAAAUACUCCUCCAAAAAGUUGGACAUAGUGCCGAAACCGUACAACAGGCAGGACCCCUCGGAGAGGCAGGUGCUCGUCAGGGUGCUGGACGUCGACGACAAUAAACCGCGCUUCAAGAAGGACAACGUAACCCUGGGCGUUCGCUUGAACGUGCCAAUCGACACCAGCCUGAUCACCCUGGAGGCCUACGACGCCGACUCCAGCGCGUUACCCAUCAACUACAACAUGAGUAAAGUGUCCUUCACGUCUCUGGUCGAUCCCUCCAUGUCGCAGAAGGAGAUACCGUCGCAACUGUCCUUGAACGCGCGCACCGGUGAACUCAGGACGACGGGCUCCAUGGCGGGAUACGCGGACGGCUUUAUGGAGAUGAUCGUGUCGGCGAACAACUCGGCGACGCCGGGCGGCGAGACCAACGUCACCGUGAGGAUCUUCCUGCUGCGCGAUCGCGACAUGCUGAAGUUCGUGUUCUCGAAGCCGCCGGUCGAGGUCAGGAAGACGCUGGAAGACUUCGAGCGGGCGGUUCAACAGGCGCUCUCGCUGCCGAUCAGCGUCAACGUUUACGACACGCAGUUCUACUCGAAGGAGGACAACUCGCUGGACUUUUCGUCGACCAGCUCGUGCUUUCAGAUGGUCGGCAAGGAGUCCUACGACCUGGACGAGAUGCGAUCGUUGCUGACCGAUCCCAGGAAUAAAGAGCUGAAGAAGGUGUACAGGACGUAUCACGUGGAGAAGGUGCAGCAUUGCGCCGCCGUGGUAGCCCGUGCUGAUGCCUCCAUGACGCAAAUAUGGGUCCUAGCCAUCGCGGUCCUCGUCGGGAUCGCUACCAUAAUCUCCAGUUGUACAUUGUGCUGCAUGCAUGCCAAAUAUAAACGGCAAGUGAAACACGCGCGCUUGCGCGAUCAACCACGACCGCCUCUCAGUUUCGUGUCUUCCGGGCCGGCCAUGGUCAGUUCUGGGUCUCAUACAACUUUGGGUCCUGGCACGAUGGUCACGUUGGGCCCACAUGAAGGCCCAUACGAGUGGGGUGCCGACACGACGCUUUACCAUCCAAGUACGCUGGGUUCGAGAACGUAGAGAUUCGGGAAGAUAUUAGACAAUGGAAAAGGUCUUUUACACAAAUUGCAUCGAUUUUUUCUUAGACGAAUGUAAUUGGCAAUAAAUUCUUCAAUUAUUAAACAAAAGCAUGUUCUAUAAUAAGAUAUUUAUUCUAAAG